GAAACUCAGGAAACACUCCCUCUGCCUUCAGUCCUGCAGCACUUCUCACUUCUUCAACACUUUCUCUUUUUAAGUUUCUCCCGUUUCUGCGCUAAACUGGUGCGUAAACCUUCGUUUAUUUGUAGUUUCCAGGCUCUCUUCCAUCUUUUCCUUCCUCCCUCUCUGUCUCCCUCUACCUCGCUGCACCUCUCUGCUCUUUUCUCUUCGCUCACUGAGUCGCAGUAAAUCCUAUUGUGAUGCUAAACUGAUUUUCGGAAAAGAGAGAGAGACAGACGGAUAGAGAGACGCAGGGAAACACUGAGGGACUUUGGGUUUCUCUUUCUACGGAUCUCAUCGGAUUUUCACCUCAUCUUCAACUUUCUCCUCUCGGGGAACUUUCUAACUUCCCUCCCCGGACUCCAGAGGUUGGUUUCGGAGUGUUUUCUCUUUUUUUUUUUUUUGAGAGGGGGAGUCCGUGCGCCGGGAGGAUCCGACCGCUCCGUGCGCAACAGGAAUGCACUUUGCAGGAAACGCAACUCGGCGCUCGGACACCUCCAGCUCCGUUUCCCCCUGAAAGAGGAGAAAUAAAUGAGAACGGGCGAUGCACCGGUGAAGGAUCGUGGUCUUCGCACCGGUUGUCCCCGGAGACACAGCGCUCCUCCCGGCCGGGCAUGGAGAGCGGAGGCCGGGCUGGGCUCCAGCAGCGGCGGCGGACGGCGGGCGGAGGAGGAGAGGGAGGCGGCUGGGUGCUGGUGGAGGCCCGGCUGCAGGGAGGAGCGCCGUGGGGCUUCACCCUGCAGGGCGGCCUGGAGCACGGAGAGCCGCUCAUCAUCUCCAAGGUAGAAGAAGGCGGUAAGGCCAACAGUUUGGAGCAGCCGCUGCUGGUCGGUGAUGAGAUUAUCGUCAUCAAUGAAGUGGAGCUGACUGGAUACCGACAGGAGGCCAUCGCUCUGGUUAAAGGAUCGUACAAGACUCUGCAGCUCACCGUCCGCAGGGAGUUUGAUCCCGGAUACAUCGAGGAGUUCGUUGCUUCACCUCCUUCCCUCCCAGAUCUUCCUCCUCCCUCUCCUCCUCCUCUGUCGUCUCCGUUAUCAACAACAACACAACAACAACAAACGUCAUCCAAUCACAGCAGAUCAUGUUCAGCAGUCCAGCUACGCAUUAAAAACAGACGCACUGAGCCGGCGUGUCGACCUCAUUCGUGGCAUUCGACGAAGCUCGGUGACGGUCAGCCGGAGCUGGACCCGGCGGCGAUGGACACGAUGAGCAGCGGCUGGCACCAUGGUUACCACGCCAGCGCCUCGACCACCGAUCUGUCCGGCGGCUUCGACUCCGGCUACCUGAGGAAGAGUCCGGACCAGUACAGCUCCAGAGGCAGCAUGGAGAGCCUGGACCCUCCCCAGUCCUCCCAGCUCCACUCUGGACCCCAACACCAGCACCAGCUGGGUCACCACGGCCACGGCGGAUCCCACCAGACCUACUCGUCCUGCCACCAGCUGUCCUCCGCCAGGUCGUCCAACAGCAUCGACCACCUUCACAGCAAGCGGGACUCGGCCUAUUCGUCCUUCUCCACCAGCUCCAGUAUCCCAGAGUACCUUGCUUCCACGCCUUCGUUCAGCCCGGAGCGCUCGUAUUCGCUGGAGACCGUCCCCCAGAGAGGAGGAGGAAGUGGGGAGAUGCAGCAGGCCGACAUCCGGUACAUCCGGACGGUCUACGACGCCCAGCAGGGUCUUUCUCAGGAGCACGAACUGAACUCCACGUCCGCCGCGAUGCUACGUAGCACCGACUCCAGAGGUGGAGCCAGACCAGGGAUGAACCGAGACCUCCAGGGUUCAGUGGGCGGAGUCUGUUACCGUGGCAGCAGCAGCGGUAGCAGCAGUAGCAGCAGCAGCAGCGGAGGAGGUGGAGCUCCGGCUUCAAACAGACACAGUGUUGGUCCAAUAUGGGGCCCGGCAGCCAGCCGAAGCUCCUACGAGAGCCUGAAGGGGGCGCCGGCUCCACCGAGGCGCAGCGACAGCUACGCCGCCACCAGGAACCACGAGAGACCAAACUCCUGGUCCAGUCUGGACCACGCCCGGUCACUACGGUCUCUGCAGAAAGGCUCCUGGCAUCACUCCAGUGGCCCUGUAGCCUCAGCUAAAGGUUCGUAUGGCACUGAGGGUCAGCUCCACACAGUCAUAGAGAAAAGUCCAGAGAGCAGCCCCACCACAAAGCCCCGGCAGGGUGGAGGCUUUUCCCAGCCGCCCUCUCCUACUGGAGCCUCCUCUGCAGGCUCCCCUCCCCAGUCCAACCGCCUCAUUCUUCCCACCGGCGUGUACCCAGUGCCCCAGCCUGAACCACACUACGCUCAGAUGCCCAGCUCCAGCCCCGGUCCCACAGGAGUUUACCCCGCCCUGGCCAAGGAGAGCAGCCGACAGCAGCAACAACAGCAAGGGCUGCAGGGGAUGGCAGGGAGGGAUGACGGAUCAACGGAGGGGAGGAGGGAUGGAAGGACGUUGGCUAUGGAAAAUGGAUACCAAAAUAGCACUUCUUCACCGCACCAGCACUCGUCUUAUUCAGCAUCAGUCUCUGCACAGCUCAGGACUCAGGCACAGGAAGCAGACAGGCAUCAAUACGAAGAGUCUAACUUUGGACCCUACAGACCUCAAAUGAAAACUACUGGAGGGGGAUCGGAUGGCCAAACUGUGGCACAAAGGUCUCAAAACCACCAAGGAGCUUACAAUCAGAGCGAACCCCAUAUUCAUACCAGCAAGGGACCCCAUAGCCAAGUGUACCCAGACCAGAACCAGGAUUUCCAUCUUCUGAUGCAGUCAACCCCUGACCUCAGGCCCCUUUCCUCACAAGACAGGAGCGACCCCUACCCACCUGGCCAUUCCUGGGGAGACCGGAGCAGAUCAAUGGACCAGAGCAGCGUUCAUUCAGAACCAGUAACAUCUCCCAGACUCGCACAGGGACAGGUGCACCCUGGCCACUUACCUGUUCACACUCAGCCUCAGGCUCCGCCCACCUCCGCCCCGCAGUCGUCACCCCGUCACUUCAGCGACUCAGCAGCUCUGCAGUACCAGCAGUGGGACCACCGAGAGCAGGACACAGACCGAGAACACCCGCUGACCCGCCUGGAGAUUGCACUCGCCGAGGUCCAGCGAUGCGCCAGCCCUGACAGUACUGUCUCCGGAAGUAGCCACGGCAACAGUAGCUUUAGCGAUGCCACGCAAGGGCCCGCUCGCAGCCUCUCUGUUUUGGAGAAAGUGAGUCGUUUCGAACGUCGGGAACGUGCAGGAAAGCAGCGCAGCCAGAGCACCACCAACCCGCACAACAAAGCCACGCAUCUACGGAUGACAGAUAAAGGUCGUAGCACCCCCUGUGGAGCAGAAGACCUCCGAAACAUGUUGGAGAGGAGCACAAAGGGGACCAAAGCCCAUAGGACCAUGAGCUACAGGGGAGGCAUAAGUGAACACAUGAAAUACAGGACUCCAGCAGAUCCUAGUUCAGCCCUCCAGAGGAGCAGAAGCACCUUCCAGCUGGAUGGAUCUAGGGAAGGAGACAGCAGCAAGGACUUUCCCUGGAGACAGGAAAUCCAGGAGAUCUUGGUCCCCAUGCAGGACACAUCCUCCAACAGAUCUUACAGGGACUCCUUGAAAGAUGCCCAGUCUCAUGUUCUACGGUCAACCUCCUUCAGACGACGAGACCUCAGCUCCUCAGGCAGCUCCCCACCUCCUGCAGCUCCUCCUACUGUCCACACCCCCGCCAGCCAUCAGCCUCCACCUGUCCCUGUGAAGUACCACUCUCUGGAGAAAAAAGGCCCAAAAACAAUGCCCAAACCACAGGGCGUCAUAAUCACACCGCAGGCCCAACCAUUGGUCACUUCCCCUCAUGCUCCUAAGGAGAGGCAUGUGGUCAGUCCUGAUGUUCGAGGCCUGGACCCACCUGCCCUCCCCAGUGUCCCGCCGGUUGGAGCUCCUGCUCUGAUGCGGAUCUGUGGCCGCAAACGUCUGACGGCGGACCAGAAGAAGCGCUCAUACUCGGAGCCAGAGAACAUGAAUGAAGUUGGGGUUUCGGAUCCCGAGACUGCUGCCCUUUUCCGGCGUGGAGGAGAAACUAGUGUGGCAGACCGGCGGAAGAUGUUUGAACUUGUAGCAAGUCGUGUUGGUGGAACUGCUCCUCAGAACCCCACACCAAGACCAGACCUUCGGCAGGUUCAGCAGGACGCCCUCGCCGAAUAUGUGGAGAGGAAGCGAGGUGUGAAGAGAGAAGAAGGAGGAUCGAGGAGUGGAUUGAGGCCUCGCAGUGCUUAUAUACAACCUGAUAACGGCAACCACACAGCCUCCUCCUGUUACUCGGACACCCUCAGCCUCUCCUCUACCUCCAGCAUGCUCUCCCUCCAGGACUCUGGCCUGGAUCGAAGCUUGUCCUCUGGGGAGAGGCGUAUCUCUUCAACCCUUCCUCCUGGAAGCGACCUUCGGAGCUUCCAGUCCAACUUUUUCUACCCAGGCAGGGUGACUACACCGAGACUUCCAGUGCAACCACCACCUAGUUCCCCUCCUGGCUCCAUAUUUGAGCUCCAGACCCAGAUCCAACAGGAUCUCACCCAUGAAGCAGGGAUUAGCAGACGGGAUCAGUCUCCCAGCAGAAACCCAAGGCCGGGCCAUGAGCGGCAGGUUGCAGAGCCUCAAAUCAGCCUGGGACUGUCCAAGCAGCUCAACGGGGCUCUGCAGAGGGCCGGUUCAGCUCGGAGGUCUGGGAAAUCAGCCUCCGCCGAAGAUCUCCUGGAGCAAACCAAGGACCGACAAAUUUCUCCUCAACACAGCCGGUCUCGGUCAUCCCCCACUGGAGAGAUACUGAACCAGGACUUCCUGCCAGGUGAUGUGAGGAUGUUUGGUGUUUUCAUCUCUGAACCUGGACGCUGUGCUCUGGCUGCUGACAGACCUGCAGAUAUUCACGUAUCAGCAGUUUCUCCUCAAACAUCACAGAACUCCAUGAACGUCUCCCAGCCUUCAGGAGCUUCAAUCGAUCCAGGUUCCUCCCAGACUCCCGUCACCCGUCGGGAUCGUCAGAGGAACAGCGAACGGCAGCGAGUCCACAGCGCCUCCACCCUGGCGGCCUCCGUCGGCCUGCCGUGUCCCUUCUCCAGUCCUGGAGCUCAGGAUGGAGCCGAGUGGCCGGUCGGAGACAAGCUGAGCCGAGCCAACCUGGACGCCAUCAGUUUCCCGGAGAUCCCAGGACCUGAUGGUAGAAGUUCUGCUGAGAACAGAGAAACUCAGACCAGACACAGCAUGAGCGACGCCUACAUACUUGAUGAAACUCCGAAGGAUGUUCGUCGAAGCCGAGCUUUCAGUCUGGAAGCGACCCAAGGGUUUUCUGCAGAAGAUGUAACUCCGCUGCCACAUUUGCAGCUGGACAGGAGGAGCAGUGGAAGUUCUCCGCCUCCUCCAUCCUCACAUCCGUCCGUCCGGCAGCAUCUGUCUUCGCUGAGGAUCUCUGAGUCGAACCUCUGCAGCUCCGUCGACCUCCAGCAGCCACCGGAAGCUUCUCAAGGUUUCCAGCUGGAGGACUUCGAUGAGGUUUUCCUCCAGAAUCCUCCUGAGAUCAAGGAGACGAACAUCUUCGAGGACUUCCCUCCUCCUCCACCUCCAGUCGAGUUGGAGCCGGAAGACGAGCAGCCGAUAGAAGAAAGUCUGACUUCGGAGCUCCUAAACAACUCCACCAGAGCGUCUUCUCUCCAACCGGUUAUCUCCUCCAUCUGUCCUCCACCUCCUCUAAAUCCACAACCUUCCUCCAUCACCUCCAUCACAACAUCCUCCACCGUCGAGGACAACCUGAACCUCGACUACCAGCCGCUGCCCAAAAGGGAGAAGACGUCGGAGGAGCUGAGAGUGGAGGCUUUAGCUCGGCAGCUGGUGUUGCAGGAUCCGUCUCUGUUGCCCCUCUUGGACACCUGGGGAGGAAAAUCCACUGUGGAGUUAAUGGAGGAGAUUUUUCCCAACAGCAAACUGAUCAACAAAUCACAGCGCAGAGGCAGCACUCGACUGGAGGACAGAAUCCCAGAUGGUGUCUGUGAUCCUUCUCAGAGCUCCGAUCAAGGAAAGGAAACCAAUUUGGACGAGGAAGAGAAGGACGUCAACACCAGAAAGGUGGAGCUGUGUGAGGCUCUGAGGAGCAGCGUUGCGGCACUGCAGAGGGAGAAGGAGGCGCUGAGCGACGAGCUGCGAAGCCACCGAGUCCUGGAGACGAACAUCGAGACGCUGGUGCAGGAAAAACUCAAACCCAACGAGAGGGACAAGUACAGCAUGUUCAUCGGAGAUCUGGAGAAGAUCGUGAACCUGCUGCUAUCUCUGUGCAGCCGGAUGUCCAGGAUCGAUCGAUCUCUGUUGGUUCUGCAGAGAGACGAGCUGACGGUGGAGGAUGCAGCUGAAGAGAAGGAAAACCUCCUUCACAAACGCUCUCUGCUGCUUCGCCAAACCGACGACGCCCGCGAGCUGAAGGAGAACCUGGACCGGCGGCAGCGGGUGGUCCAGUCCAUCCUGUCCGGCUACCUCAGCGACCCUCAGCUCCAGGACUACCGCCGCUUCGUCAGCGCCAAACCCUCGCUUCUGAUUCGCCAGCGCCACCUGGACGACCUCAUCCGGCAGGGGGAGGAGCAGCUGACGCGAUUGGCCGAGACUCUGCCGCCGGAGCUGGCCGAGGCUCACGGCUGGUCGGCGGCGUUCUCCAUCCCGACGCCGUGCUCCUCCCCGUUCCCGUCGCUUCUGCCGCCUUCUCUGAUCCCGGGCCCCGCCCACCCAGUCAGAACCACCACUGUGACAUCACUGUGACGUCACAGACAGGAAGUGACCCUAGAAACUAAAGCAAUGCUCUGAAGUGACGCAGUUUUUACAUGAAGGACGGACGCUGCUCACGCUGAAACUACUCUGCAGACUUCACACAUGAAGAAGGAAAAGCCUUUAAAGCGCUUCGUUCUGUUCACACCUGAUAGACGUCUGAUCACCUGAACACCAGCGACCUGCUCCAAGUGGACUAAAACCAGCCACUGCCAACUAACCACUAACUACACGCUGCUCUGAAAUGGGUUUUUAAAGCCACCAGGCGAUUUAAGGUCGGAGGUUUCCCAAGAAAGUUGGACAUUUCCAGCGUUACGCAUAAUUUCCUGCAUCUUUGCAACAUUUUGCAAUGCGUUGUCAAUCCGCCAAAACUCCCAAACACGCUGGAAGUGUCCUUUAACUACCCUGAAUGGUGCUUUCAGGAGCCUUCCUCCGGCAGGUGAUCUCCCAAAGAGAAGACACCAUCAUCUGCAAAGAAACGCAUCACGAAACCUGCUCACUUCUCACACAUGUACAGGAAACUUAUACAUUAACACCAACUUUGGAGGUUCUUGUUUCACUGCAAAAACAAACAGAAAAAGCACAGAAUACUGUAACUACUACUGCCUUAACACCUGUAGCUUGUAGCACUUUGUAGCAGCCCAACUACUGUUAGCAGCAGAAUUUACACUGAAUGAUGAAAAAAACGUUUUCCACUUCUUUAAAAGAUUCCUGUCAUGAAACACUUGACACCUAGAAUGGAAAAGUGUUCGAAGAUGAAAAGCUUGCCGAUAUCUUCUUGGUUUAAUUUCAAACUGAAGGCACAAAUUCUGUUUUUUUUUUAUUUUACUUGGCCACAACCGCAACAAUUAGCUUAACGCCCGAAUAGUAUCUGUUUGUUUCCGUUAUUUGGUCAAAAAGGAUAAUUAAAGAGGAAUAAUAAAAUUAAAACCCAAAGAUAUUUAAUUUAGAACCAUAGGAGACACUGAAAAAAGCACAUUUGAGAGGCUGGAAUUGGUAUUUUUGCUGAUACAUGGUUUUAAUUUUGGGUGCAAAUCAAUUUUUUUCCACAUUCCAGCUUAUCUACAGCCAUUAAUUAACAAAAUGCUCGAACAUCUCCUUCAGGAAAUGCAGCACUACUUUCAUAAAACUGUGCAAAUCAUGUCUGUGUCAGCAAAACAAUGAGAUUCUUCAUUUAAUCUCAGCAGUAAAGUCAAGGUUUUAGAUACUCCUGUUAAAAAAAACCUACAAAAGACGACAGAAAAACUCAUUUUAAAGUUGGUGCUGCAGUUAUUGUACUUUUUAGACAGUCGAUGAGCUUCAGAAAGUGAUUUUUUAAUGUUAAAAUCAAUGCAGCAGAAGCAAAACUUUACGUAUUUUUCCUACAUUUCCCAUAAUGCAACUCAACGGGGUUCAUUGACUAUGGAUUCUGUGCCUGAUGAACGGUUGUGUAUAAAAACAAAGCCUCAAAAAGCUCCUCCAGACGACAUUACAGGACUGUUUUUACAGAUUUAGUAGCAUUAAUUUAAACUGGAAUUAGCAAAGUGCCCCUUUAAUUUUAUUUAAAUAUGGUUUUAUAAUUGCUGGAAAUAUUUUGUCAGAACAGUAGAUGUUAGAAUUUUGCUUUCAUAAACAUAUGAGAAGGAACACAAAUCUGUGAGAAGAAAUAUCAACAUUACAACUAUAAAACAGUAAUAAGAUUUCAAUUUAAAAUGUUCAACCACCUUCUUUCCUCUUACUGGAUCUGAACCUUCAUUUCUUAUUAUCACAAAAUAAUCACUUUAUUUAUUUUAUUGACAUUUUUAGCUUUAUUUGAUAUCAUACUGUUGUCCUCUCUGGGCUUCCGUAGUUUUCCAGGAAACCCUUUCAUUUGGAGUCAGCGCUUGAUUAGGUUUAUAUUUGUGAUUUUAGAAACUCCUUUCCAUUUUUAACAGGCACCAUUUGGGUUCCCUUCAGUUCGGCUCUACAGGGUCAAUAUUUAUUUGUUAAUGAACAGAUCAGAAGAAGGUUUUUACCUGUUUUUCACUGCAAACUCUUUCACUCUUCACCUCUGUGUUUAGUUUUGCGAGCACCUUUUACAUAUUCUGCCAACACUUCCAGCUACACGAUGUGCCGCAUUAAUAAUCCUCAUUUUACUGUUGAUUGUUGUCGAGACAUGUUUCUGGUUUAUCGUUGAAUGAAAUUCAAUGUUCACUUUAUGAAAGAAUCAAGAACAAUAAAAAGAAAACAACGACUCCCAGUUUUUGCAAAAUAAAUGUAUUUUGUAAAUACUGUCA